GGAUAAUGGGCGGUCCAGGAAAAGCUGCAGACUCCUGGCUGCGCAGGCGAGGGGGUGGGGAGCCGAAACUGGGAGGAGAAAACGGGGAUUUGGGAUUCUUUGUCCUCGCCCAGUUCGCGCAGCACCACUGGAGAAGCAGCUGUCUCCUCGAAGCAAAGGAAGGAGAAAAAAGGCAACUUGAAGGGCUUAAAAUCCAGAAAACCAACUGAAGACAACUUCCAGGACCCAGAAGACAUUGUGAAGGAUUCAUAACUUCCUCCAUCCGGCAGCAAAAUGAGCUGGAGCUUUCUCACUCGUCUGCUGGAUGAGAUUUCUAAUCACUCAACCUUCGUGGGCAAAAUCUGGCUCACCUUCCUCAUCGUCUUCCGGAUCGUGCUGACGGCGGUCGGUGGCGAGUCGAUCUACUAUGAUGAACAGAGUAAAUUUGUGUGCAACACACAGCAACCCGGUUGUGAGAACGUUUGCUACGACGCGUUUGCUCCUCUUUCGCACAUUCGCUUCUGGGUGUUUCAGGUGAUCAUGAUCACCACGCCCACCAUCUUGUACCUUGGGUUUGCCAUGCACAAGAUCGCCCGCAUGGACGACGACGAAUACAGGCCACAGGGCAGAAAGAAGAUGCCGAUAGUGAGUCGGGGCGCCAACAGGGAUUAUGAAGAGGCGGAGGAUAACGGGGAGGAAGACCCCAUGAUCCUCGAGGAGAUUGAGCCGGACAAAGAGAAGGAAGUUGCAGAGAAGCCGAAAAAGAAGCACGACGGCCGACGUCGCAUAAAGAGAGACGGACUGAUGAAGGUCUAUGUCUUCCAGCUACUGUCCCGUGCCGUCUUUGAGGGGGCGUUUUUGUUUGGGCAGUAUGUCCUUUACGGGUUGGAGGUGGCGCCAUCCUACGUCUGCACGCGCUCUCCUUGCCCGCACACGGUGGAUUGCUUCAUUUCUCGCCCCACUGAGAAAACCAUCUUCUUGCUCAUCAUGUACGGUGUCAGCGCGUUGUGCCUCUUCUUCACCAUGCUGGAGAUCUUUCAUCUUGGCGUCAGCGGGAUUCGGGACUGCUUUUGCCGGCCGCGGCCUCGCUCUCGAGCCCCUCGCCCCCCGCCACCUGCCAGCCAGAGGUCUUCGAUCUGCCGCCAACCCUCUGCCCCUCCAGGGUACCACACCGCUCUGAAGAAGGACCCCAACGGAAAGAUGGGCUUCAGGGAUAACUUCGGAGACUCGGGUCGCGAAUCCUUUGGUGAUGAAGCAUCGUCUCGGGAGCUGGAGAGGCUGCGCCGACACCUGAAACUCGCUCAGCAGCACCUGGAUUUGGCAUACCAAAACGAGGAGAACAGCCCGCCCCGCAGCAGCAGCCCAGAGUCCAACGGCAUUGCAGUGGAGCAGAACAGACUAAACUUUGCCCAGGAGAAGCAAAGCAGCACCUGUGAGAAAGGUCUGCGUGCGUAAACUCAAACGAUGAGAACAAAAAGGGAAGUGAUGGACUUGCUUGAGGUGGAUGAAGACCCCAAGCCCUCCAGUGUUACAUCCCACUGUGCAGAACUCCACGUGGCAGACCCAAAGUGCUUAUCAACUGCCGUCAUGCAACAGAAGUGGUAAAGGUUGACAUGUACAUCUCCCUCAGGGCAGCUAACUGUUAGAUACUAUAUGGAUAUUUUAUUAAGAAACUUGGAGCUUCUUGUCAUUUCUAUCUUUUUAUUAUUAUUAUUAUUGUUUUGGUCGGUGUGUAAAUCUCAAGUUUGCCUUUAGACUUGAACUGGAAUUUUGUUGCGGAAAGGCCCAGCCAGUCGUUUUGUAACGUGUGUACCUAGUGAGAGUGAUUGUAGAAGAGAGCAAAAGGUUGAACAGGGCGCCUCAAAUCAAACACCAGUACUGGGAGUUAUGAUCUUAUGAAGACUGUACAAGAUGUUGAUCAUCACACAACAAGGGCUCCUCUCAAGUGUCUUUUAUUAAAUGUUAGUGUUGGUCCGGAACUGGUCAACACUUCCAAUCCUGGAACCUGUGGCCUGUACUGCGCAGCUGUAGUUCUGUUUCUUCACAGAUUUCAGGACUCAAUCCAUUUCCAAAAUCAAAGUGAAACCUCUGAGCAAAUGAUCAAACUCCUUAAGGCUUUGGUGUUAUGCUUUAUAGAGAAGAUUAUGUGGAUUUCUGUGCUGUCCAGAAUUGGUCUUCAGUAUUAAUCCUGUCUUCCUUGCAUCCUUUGAUACUUUCCCUUGUCUUUGCAGGCUUUCAAUCAGUCCCUUCUUGUUUUGGUUGAAUUUACGGUAAAUGGUUUCACAGUGGAUAGAACUAACUACACAGGCUGCAUGAAAAGGGAGGGAAACUAGGAAACAAUAACGGAAGGACAAAAUGUAGUAAAACCACAAAGGACAAGAAUGAUGCAAGGAACGAUUGACAGAAGCAAGAACUGAUGAGCAGAUGGCAAUCAUAAAGGAAAGUAGUAACAUAACAGGAAAGGACAAGAGGAAGCAAGGAAGACUGGAUGGGAGACAAUCUAGGGGAAUACUGAAGACCAAUUCAAGCUGGGAUAGGAAUACCAAGAAUCUAAUCUACUUAGAUGUUUGGGAUUCCUGAGCUAUCUGGAAUUGGUCUUCAGUAUUUCAAUAUUCUGAAAUAAUGAAUAUUUUCCAUCAUCUCUUCCUUGUAUCAUUCCUGUUCUUUCCUGGGCUGUUACUACUUUAUCUCAUCAUUGCCAUCUAUCCAUGGGUUUCAUCUUUCUGUUCUUGCACCCUUUGAUUGUUGAAUCUUUGCUCAUUCUUGUGCUCUGGAAAUCGUCAAGGUUCCGGCGGCAUACGGUGAGCUCUCGCUGGUCCUUGAAAAUCUGGUGUAAAUCUCAUGCCACGCCAUACCCGUAUCCGCAGCAGGUCUCCAAGGUGAACAGCCUCUAGCAUGUUGGAUCAAGGGGGUUAAGGGAAGUGAGGAAGUCAGAUCUGUUGGUUAGUUUUAUCCUUUGUUGAACCAUUUGCCGUCAAUUCAGUGAACUUCAGUUCAACAAUCCUCUUAGUAGUUUACAAUGAAGUUUUUCUGUGUGCUCUCUCAGCGUGGAGCUGUUUCUGUUUUGCUGCUCUGUAUGUUCUCAGUCAAACUGAAGGAAUCUUGAAGCGAUGAACCUUCUUCGCAGUACAGGCCUCUUUUAUAGGUAACUGGAACACUUGAGGUGCCUUUGUCCAAAGGAACAAACAAACCUGGGUAAUGCUUGAAAUAAAAGAACCGUGUAACUCUUGAUAUUGCCAUGUAUUGUUUUGAAAUGUUUGAUACUGUUCUUUAUUUUUGUAUUCUGAGUAUUGUUGUUAAACGUUCACUACUGUCUCUGCUUUCCGUGGCUGAAAGUGAACUUGUUCGGUACAGUUUGAAAGAUAAAGUGCAGCAGUUUUUUGUUUUUCUUUUGAUUUCUGUUUGGAUCAACCUGUUGCUUCUUUUCUUCGGUACAUGAUUUUUGUGACCAUGAAAUGUUUACUUCUGCCGCACCUGCCUGUUCAGUUGUCUGUUAGUUUAAUAAUAGAAGAAGCUGUGUGCCACUUCACCAUCUGCUAAAUGCUAGUCUUCUGGAGCUUGGUGUUCCAGACCUGAGAGGAUGGCUGCAAAAAAACUGCUACAAUGUGAAUUUCUUCUUUGAUUGCACCAAUUUUUGUAUUCAGAUUCAUAACCACAGUGCCAUUAGUACACCUUAAAUAUUGUCAUCUCAGAUAUUUUUUGACCAACUUUUUUUGUACUUUUAUACGUUUUUGUAUUGACUAGUACUUUGUGGUUUCUAAAAUAAACAUUUUUACAAUCA